CGACUGCUGUGGUGCUGAAUUAAAGUCGCAUUGUUCAGUGUAUUGUUGAUAGCGACAGCAUCGAGACACCAAAUGGAAUGAUUCAGAUUGUAGAUAUCGCUCAGGUACAGCGGUGAUUAGGUUAUCACGUGUCUCUUUUAUUUUGCGAGAGUUGCGGUGACCACCUGUGUGUUCUAUAUCAGUACUUCAGACGGCAUCUCAUUUUGUACGUUGUAGAAUUUUAAUCUAUUGUGGAUUAUCCGCAACGAUAUUAAAUUAUCCGUAUUACGAUAGACUUUAGGACGCGAUCCGAUAACCAUUAAGCCGGGGACCAAUCAUCUGUGAUAACAACACAUUUUACGGCCUUUUAUCUUUACUAAACGAAGUAAAAAUAUGCCUAAAGAAACGUAUUCUAAGAAAGACUGUGAAUAGUGAUAAAGAAAAUAGUGAAACAAGACCUAAGUAUAACAAUAUUCUCUGUGAAAGUUGAAGUGCCUAAACGUCAUCGUAAAACAGUGAAACAAAAGUCUUUAUUCAAGUGUAAUUUAUGUGUAUAAAUUUUUGAAGUCAUUUUAAUUAUGAAGGAAAUAGUUUUAGUGAAAAUAUGUGAAUAACUGUAGUGCAAAAUGAUAUGUUUCAGUUCGAGGAAAACAAUUUAACCAAAAAUCAAUUUCGAUUUUGUUACAAAGCCAAAAUAAAACAUGUCUUUCCGAAUUGAUAGCAAAACGAAUGGACUCUCACCUAAAAAGUCCAAGUCUCAAUUGUUUUCGACUAUAGAUUCUCCUAACCAAGAUACUAUACCGGGUAGUGUGAUGGACGGUUUAACCCUCGAUGUGAAUGAGCCAACUUACAAAGUCUACUGGACAAGAUGGGUAAUGUUGGCGUUUUUCGUGAUGUUCUCAGCAUCUAAUUCACUGCAGUGGGUGCAGUACACGAUUAUACAGGACAUUGUGGUGCAGUACUAUGGUGUUAGCAGCAACUUGGUGUCGUGGACUUCGUUGGUGUAUAUGGUGACAUACGUCCCGCUCAUCUUUCCAGCGAGUUGGCUUCUCUCCAGAACGGGUCUUCGGGUGACUACUAUCAUAGGAUCGUUUGGGACCUGCGCAGGGGCAUGGCUGAAAGUCCUCUCAGUGCCGCAGGACAUGUUCUGGCUUGGCUUCAUGGGGCAGACCGUGGUGGCCAUCUCACAAGUCUUCAUACUUAACGUGCCGCCGAGGCUCGCCGCUGUCUGGUUCGGCGCGAACCAGGUGUCUUCUGCUUGCAGUAUAGGCGUAUUUGGAAACCAGCUCGGAGUUGCUCUCGGGUUUCUGUUGCCGCCCAUACUGGUGCGCGCACAGGGAUCAAUUGAACAAAUCGCUGAAGAUUUUCGUCUUAUGUUCUUCUUAGUCGCUGGCUUUACUACUUUACUGUUCGUGCUUAUAUUACUGUUUUUCAAAGCCGCUCCGCCAAGUCCACCCUCAGCAGCCGCCGAUUUCGGAUCAAGCCUCGAUUCCAACUUCUAUCAGUCUCUCAAGAAACUUCUCACGAAUCGCAACUACGUUCUGUUGCUCAUUUCUUACGGCAUCAAUGUGGGUGUAUUCUAUGCGAUUUCUACUCUUCUCAAUCAGCUGGUCCUCACUUAUUAUCCUGGAGCUAACGCAGACGCUGGUCGCAUCGGACUCGUGAUCGUAGUCGCCGGCAUGGUCGGGUCGGUGAUAUGCGGCAUGAUCCUGGACAAGACGCACCGCUUCAAGGAGACCACGCUGGCGGUGUACGCCGCCUCGGUUAUCGGGAUGGUCAUCUUCACCUUCACACUUGAUAGCGGCAUCAUCGGAGUGGUGUAUCUGAGCAGCAUUCUGCUAGGUUUCUUCAUGACCGGCUAUUUGCCAGUCGGCUUCGAGUUCGCAUCAGAGGUGACUUACCCUGAGCCAGAGGGCACUACUUCCGGAAUACUCAAUGCCGCUGUUCAAAUCUUCGGCAUCGUCCUAACUCUUCUAUAUGAGUGGAUGCUGGGCGAGGUUGGCGAUCGCUGGUCCAACUUGACUCUAUGCGCUCUCCUCGCGCUAGGAACAGCCAUUACGGCCGCAAUACGAUCCGAUCUGCGGCGCCAAGCUGCACAGAACAAGGGUUAGGAACUUUAGAACGUUCACCCAAGAAGCCUUCAAAACAAGAAAAAUAGAAAGACACCUUCCUAACAAGAAAAAUUGAAUAAUGGGCAAGUCAUCAUUUAUCGUCUCCUACCUGUUCGACUUUACUAUUUAUUCAAGGAAAAGUGACAUGAAAAAGAAUUGUAGGCGAUUCCUACUUAACUAUUUCCAUAUUUUACCUGUUUGACUUUACUAUCAUUCAAGGAAAAGUAACACAAAUUAAUUGUAGGCGAUUCACAGUAUAAAAUCUAUUUUCAUCUUCUACCUGUUAGACUUUAUUCUUAUUCAAGAAAAAGUGACAUGAAAAAAAUGGAGGCAAUCCAUUUUUAUCUUUUUUCAUUUUCUUUGCCAUCUCCAGCAUCGGAUUUGCGAUACUCAUAUGGUUGCUGAUGUCUUUGGGCAACGGUGUUCGCUUACCAUUAUGUAGCGUAAAGUUCGUAUGCUCUACUUAUAAUAGGUAUUAAGAAAUACUUCUUCCUGUUAGACUUUACUAUUAAUCAAGAAAAAAAGGACAAGUGAGAGAAUUCUAGGCGAUUCAUGCUUAUCUAUUUUCAUCUGGUACGUACCAGUUUGACUUCAGUAUUAUUACCUGUACGUAAUUAGAUCUAAUUAAGGUGAUUCGUAACGCAAAAUUGGACUAAUGUUCAAUACUAAUAUUAUUAUUAUUAAAUCUAUUUAUGGACAAUCGUAACGAAAAAAAUUGACAUAAAUAACAAAUUAAAAGCGUGGGCGAGUAACGCUAAGAAACUUAUUACUUCUAGACAUGUCGUGUACCUAACACUGUAACUGAGUCGGACAAUUACGCUAACUCGCUGAGUGUAUUCCGAAAUAUAAACCAGUACCUACGCUGGCCAGUGGUAAUGACGU